UUCCUUCAUCUUCAUCAUCACCAAAGAGGGUCUGGAAAUAUGAUGUGGCUACAUGUUGCAGUGAUAUGGAAACUACCUCGUUUUAUAGAAUGCUUUCGAAUGCUUUAGGAAAAGAAGGUUUCAGAAUGAUCGGCAGCGGAUGGGUUAACCCAUUAGAAAAAAUUGAAGAAUCCCAGAUUUACAUAGUUGUCUUCUCAAAAAGUUAUGUUUACUCACCAAGUUGCUUGAACACACUGGCAGUAAUGUUUGAGUGCAUGAAGGUACCGGGUCACAAAUUUCUGCCAAUUUUCUUCAACAUCGAUCCGUCUAAAGUGAAAACAUGGCUAGCUCCAUUUCAGACGCUACUGGAACGCCCAGAUUUGGUCAUACAAAACACGGAAGAUCAAAGACGAGUUAUUGGCAAAAUAGCUUUGGAGGCAAAGAGAACUUUGGUUGAAGAAAAAGAGACGGUCCUAGCAUCACCACUGGAGAUAUGGCCAUGGAGCUGUGAUGUGUUUGUAUUGAAUUUCAUAACUGAGGAAAAUUGCUCAUUUGUUGAGGAGCUUCGCAAUGCUCUAUAUAGAUGUGGUCUAGUUAUGGCUUCUCGAGAUUCUAUUGCUCGAGCUCCCUUGAACAACUACAAGCUUCGUGUUUUUAUCGUCUCAAAAAACUAUGAGGCCCAAACACCCUACUUGCAGGAACUGAACUCAUGGAGAGGCCAGUUUCUAUCAAUUUUUUUGGAGGUGGAUCCCUUUCAAGUACAUAGCGGUUUUCAUAAACUGCUUGAACAAAAGUUAGGACCAUGUUCACUUCCCAUACGAGAUUUAGUGAUUCAAGAUAAGAGAGAUCAAUCGUGGGUUAUUCAUAAUAUUGUUGAGAAAUCUACCGAAACUUUUCUUCAUAAGUUUCAGCGGCAAGUAACAUAAUUUUAGUUCUUUAUGGUUCUUUCCCUACACAUACUUGACCGUAUCAAAUUGAUCAACUCCUUUCUUAUGUGUGUAUGCGAAUAGAGAAAUAAGAUUUGAAAUCUUAUGAAACAAAAUUACGAGUUAAUUGAAAUCUUGUUCGCACUCAUACAUAUAUGAAACAAUAACUGCUAAAUUACUUUUGUUGUUCUUCUCUUCUAAAGGAUAUCAUGGCUAAAGCAUAUCAAAGAACUUGCAAAAGAAAUAGAUAAAUCAGGAGAAGUAGCUGCAGUAGGGAUAGGAUAUCGUCGUGUAGAAAAAUUAAUUGAGCUCAUGGACUUAGGCUCAAAGGAUGAUGUGCGAGUUGUAGGGAUUAGUGGGAUGGGGGGAGUAGGGAAGUCAGCUCUUGCCGGAGAUGUCUUAAACAAAAUCUCCCACCGUUUUGAUUCUGCCUAUUUCAUCUCCACUCCAACUACCGCUCAAGCUUUUCCCCCAAGUCAAUCCAUAUUAAAGGAGGCAUUUCUUCAGAUAGCCUUGCCACUAAAAUUUGGACUUUCAUAUUCAAGCCCAAGUCUCCAUAGGAUGCUUGUUGUUUUUGAUGAUGUUGAGUACUGGAAACCUUUCAAUGGAGGAUGGAUUAGAGGGUUGUUUGGAGGAGGAAGUAGAAUUAUCAUAACAAGCCGAGAUGAGGGACUCCUUAGACAUCUUGGAGUAGAUGAGAUUCACAAGGUAGAACUAGUGAAUCAAAAUGAAGCUCUUCGGCUUCUCUGCAAAAUUGUUUUCAGAAGUGAUAAACCAAUGACAGGUUAUGAGGAGCUGACCCUCGAAGCACUUAAAUAUGCUGAUGGCCUUCCAUUAGCUAUUAAAUCAGUAGGUUUAUCGCUUGUUGAUCAAAGUGUCUCAAAGUGGAAACGUGUGUUGACCAAACUUCAAACAGUUCCUGACGCUUCAGUACUCGCAGUGCUUAAGAAAAGUUUUGAUGGACUCACAGGUUGGCAAAAGAAUGCUUUCUUGGAUAUUGCAUGUUGUUUUGCAGGACAAAAGAUUGAUUAUAUCAAGGGAAUUUUAUUUUGUCAAUAUCUUUUUAGAUCUUUGCGUGAUAUGAUAAUCGAAAGUCUUAUAGAAAAGUCACUAAUAAACAUAUCAAGUCAGAGAAUAAAAAUACAUCGUCUCCUACAACAAUUAGCAAAAUUAAUUGUUCAACAUGAAUCUCCUGAACCUGGAAAUCGGAGUAGGAUAUGGAAUUAUGAAGAUUUUCGUCAUAUCAUGGAGACAAAUACUGGAACUAAUCAUGUUCGAAUCGUAGUACUCUCAAAUGAUGAAGAGCAUCCACGGCGGACAACAUUGAACAUAAAAGGUUUAUCAAAAUUGAGGAAACUCAAAAUCCUUAUAUUCCACAAUGUGAAAUUUUUAGGAAAUCUCUAUGAUCUUUCUAACAACUUGAGAUAUCUUUCCUGGCAUAAGUAUCCACUUAAUUAUUUGCCACCAAAUUUUAAGCCAAAAAGGCUUGUGGAAUUGAUCAUGCCAGAUAGCAGCAUCACACAACUAUGGAGAGAUAAAGAGAAAGAGAUGCAAUACCUGGAGAACUUGAACCUCCGUGGCUCUAAAGAUUUGAUGAAGAUCCCUCAUUUUGGAUUGCUUCCAAGUCUUGAGAGGUUAGACUUGGAAGGAUGUACUUCAUUAGUGCAGCUUCAUCCUUCUAUUGCGUAUUUGACAAGGCUUAAGUUUUUGAAUUUGAGAAACUGCACAAAUCUAGAAAGUAUUCCAAAUGAAUUAUUUGGCAAAAGCUCUCUUGAAUUUCUAAAUCUGGCUGGCUCCUCCAAAUUUGCUCAAAGUUUGAGGUUCAAGAGAGUAACAUUAAGUUGGUCUUCUGUUAGAGUUACGUGCCUUUAUCAUGUUUUCAUUAUAUGAAUGCAUCUCUUUCUUUGCAUUCAGCUCUAUCAACAUGCUCAUCUGCUACAACA